UCUGUGAUUUCGCUAUUCCCAUAAAUGAUAGAUCUAAAAUUUCACUUUAAUCGGAUGGGGACAAUAAGUAUUAUAUUGAUCAUAAUAUUUGUGUAUUAUAAUGCGGUUCCAUGGGACUAUCCUGUGUUUCUAAUACAAUAUACUAAAUUAUAUAGCCUUAAUUAUUAAGUGGACAUAAUUUUCUUCCAACGUUUGUAAAAGCGACAAACCAAGAAAACAUGUGAAUGCGUCAUUCCGGUUCUUUUCAUGACAACUUAAUGCAUUAUGACCAUCUUCGGGAAGCCCAAUCCUUCACACAUUAAAAGGUGAAAAUUGAUUUUCCAAACACCCAAAGGACAAACAUUAAAAAAAGAGGAAAUUUUAUUCAUAAACAACAGCAUAGAUGGACAAUCAGGUGUUAGGCAGCUAAAUAACGGAAGAAAGCUUCUACAUUGAUAUUGUUAGAAAUGCAUUCAUCCAGACGGAGCUUAUUCAAGUACAUCCUGUUUGCGUUUGCUUUUUACGAAGCACAGGCAAAUGCAAAGUCAAAGAAUACGAGCAAUGGCAAAUUGAUUACCAGAAGUGCCUUAGAAAGCAUUGAUGGUAUUGGAAUUCAGGCUUCCAAUUUUCAUGAAUUAUACAAGUCUUUCGUAUAUGAUGAAAUGUUUUCAAAUAGUAUCAAAUUUAAGAUGAUGCGAUAUCUUAUUUCUGAGCAACUUAAGAGUUUGAAAUUAGUUGGAAAUUCAAAAAGCAAAGGGAUUAAAAUAACAAUUACUGAUGAAAAAGGCAACACGCUCAACUCACAGAAUUUGACAGCUACAGAAAGACUAGAAUCUGGAGAAAAUACAUAUAAAAUUAUUUCUGGUGUCGCGGAAACGAUAAACAUGGCAAAUGCUGCAACUCAACAAUCGGAAGAUAUUUAUCAUUUACAGUCAAACGACAAACGUCCACCUUCGUCUAAGCAUGGUAAACACAAGCGGUCUUUAAGGAACUUGUUUUCAUUCAGGAGUAGAUUGUUUGGCACAGGAAGCCGGGUUUCAUUCAGAAAAGAUCUUUUCGGAGUAUCAUGGCCUGUGGGGUAUAAGAUGUCUCAUCGCCGUCGUAAAUAUGUGCCAUCAGUUUCCGCUUUAACGUCAUUUCAAGACUCGUAUGGUAUUCUGGAUCCACUCGCAAGCAAUCUGAUUGGUUAAGAAGAUUUUACAGACAUCGAAACUUGAGUUUUAACUGUUUUUAAAUUAAUAAAUAGGACAAAGAUCAUUAA